UUUUCUUCUCUCUUUUUCAUACGUUCUUUAUUUUUUCGAUUGAGAUUUGUUUUUGUAUUUUUCUAUAAUGGCUGCCACUCAAGGACCUCAUCUUUGGCUUCGUGCCGAAACCAAGCCCAUGGAGCACCGAGCUGCUUUGACUCCGUCUACGGCCAAGACCUUGUUGGAUGCCGGAUUCAAGAUUACCGUCGAACGGUCUGAACAGCGUAUCUUUGACGAUGAAGAAUAUGAAAAGGUGGGCUGUCCUCUUGUGGAUUUCAUGAGCUGGAAAACGGAUGCGCCUGCGGAUGCCUACAUUGUUGGAUUGAAAGAAUUGCCCGAGAAUGAUGAUUCGCCUCUUCAUCAUACCCACAUUUUCUUUGCUCAUUGUUUCAAGAACCAAGGUGGCUGGAAAGAAUUGUUGCACCGUUUCGAUGCCGGCAAUGGCACCAUCUUGGAUCUCGAAUUCUUGAACGAUGCCAACGGUCGUCGCGUUGCUGCUUUCGGUUACAUGGCCGGUUUCGCUGGUGCUGCUGUGGGUGUGGAUGUGUGGUGCCAUCAAAAGCUGACCAAGAACGCUACUCCUUAUGGUGCCUUGAAGCCUUACCCUAAUGAAGAUGCUUUGAUCGCUUUCACCAAGGAACGCUUGGCCCAGGCUGUGGCGGGCAACAACCAGCAGUACCCCAAGGUCAUGGUGAUGGGUGCUCUUGGACGAUGCGGUACCGGUGCGGUUGACUUUGUGCGCAAGAGCGGUAUUCCCGAAGAGAACAUUAUCAAGUGGGAUAUCAAUGAAACCAAGGGUGGCGGACCUUUCCCUCAAAUUAUGGAAGCAGAUAUCUUUAUCAACUGUAUUUACUUGAACAGCAAGAUCCCUCCCUUCAUUACGCGCGAAAUGAUUGAUGCUCAGCGUCAAUUAUCGGUGAUUGUGGAUGUGUCCUGCGAUACCACCAACCCAAAUAACCCUAUUCCUGUGUACUCAAUCAACACCACCUUUGACAAGCCCACCGUCCCUGUCGAGAGCAGCAAUCCUUAUCCUUUGGAAGUAUGCUCCAUCGACCAUUUGCCUACGUUGUUGCCCAGAGAAAGCUCGGACAUGUUCUCGCACGAUUUGCUGCCUACCAUGCUUGCUUUGAAGAACCGCAGCGAAUCUCCCGUGUGGGGUGGCGCUGAGAACCUGUUCAAGGAAAAAUUGGCCGCUUCCAAGGCUUAAAAACCUCCUCAUCCACUAGAUACCGUUUUCCAUCUCAUCCACUUUUUUGUUUUCUUACUAAUGUCUACAUUUUCCACCAUCACUUUUGUACUAUACUUUGUAGAAUAAAAGGUUCUUACAUAUGAAAUUUCUUUACAUCUAAUAGAGGCUGCAGAUGGAAAACCUAAUCGGAUACUCCAGAUAUCUCUGCAGGUUCUGUGCAUGAAUAUUAGGCGACUAAGAAAGCGGGGGU